AUGUCCACCUCGAUAGCGGAACCAGGAGUGAAACGCCCGACGACGCUCUUGCACUCGCUGGUGUACGAGGCGCCCCGGAAGACGCAGAAAGCGCAGGCCGAGGACGAAAAGGGCAAGCGCUGGACACCCGAGCAAGACGCAGCGCUGCGCCAGGCGGUCGAGGAGUUUGGCCAGCGCAACUGGAAAGCGAUCGCCUCGCGCGUCGACGGGCGCAACCACGCGCAGUGCCUCCAGCGCUGGAACAAAGUGCUCAAGCCGGGGCUCGUCAAGGGCCACUGGGCCUACGAAGAGGACAGCACGCUCGAGCACAUGGUGCUCCAGGGCUGUCACUCGUGGGGAGAAGUGGCGACGUACAUUCCCGGACGCACUGCCAAACAAUGUCGAGAGCGGUGGCGGAAUCACUUGGAUCCGAGUAUCAACAAGUUCCCUUUUACGCCGGAAGAAGACCGUGUGAUUCAGGACGGGUUUCGAAACAUGGGGAACCGGUGGACGCAGAUUGCCGAGUUGCUGCCAGGACGUACGGAAGACGCCGUGAAGAUGCGCUGGAAGGCGCUGAACCCGAACGAAAAAGUGAAGGCCAAGCCAGGGCGUCCGAAACUGAUGCCUGGUAUGACAGUGAACAAACAGCGGUCUGCGAUACCUCCGCUGCCUGAUGAUGUUGUUGCUCCCGCGAUAAAUCGAUCGGUUAUGACGCCGUCAAUGCCACUGUACGGGAACACCGGGUAUUCUGCCCUGAUGCUUCAUCCGGACGAUCGCAUACCAAAUGACGCGACGCUAUCUUUGGACACGCUACAGAUGACGAUGCCAUAUACAGCGCAGUCGCCGUCGACAGCGAUGACGAUGCCAUACACAGAGGACUCGCCGUCGACAGCGAUGACGCAUCAGUACCCUGAACCUAUCAUCGAGCCACUGAGCGACGAAGUGAAGGCCGAGAACGAAACGAAGGAUGCGGCGAUACUCAGGGAGCUGCUCCGUAGCCACUCGAGCAGCUUGCUAAGCUUUGGUAGCUCACGCGGGUUGGACUCCUUUGCGGACAUGUCUCCGGAGGAUUUGCUAGCAAGUGGUGAGUUGGACGAGAUGUUUCGUGCGACCGUAUCCAUAUCGAAGGACAAAAGCGAAAGAGGCCGCCCGUCGAGUACGAGUAGCAUGCUGGACACCCUGACUAGCUCUUUUAAGGAUCCGGAAUCGUUGCAGAAGGCAAUGCAGAAUCUGGAUCACGAGGACCAGCAUUUAUUUCAGGGACUCAUUGACAGUUGGCGUGCGCAGGUGUCGGUCGAUUGCGUCACUGCGUCCGAAGUCGAUGACCAGAUUGCCAAUCUGCCAGUCGACCCUAACGCCUACUUGCAACGCAAUUUUGGAACAAACAGUGGGCGCAAUCUGACCCGCGCGUCGCCGGACGCCAGUGAGACGCGCUCAUUUUCACGACGAAGCGCAAAUGGGAUCUCGUACGAGCUCGGUAACAUUACGACCGAUAUUGAUGACCUGCUAGACUCGGACCUCAUGCGGCCCAUUCGAAAGGGUAAAUUGUGUCGAUAG